UCUUCUCCAGGACUAGCUGUGACGAUGGAGAAAGCUGCACUGCUGCUGUUUUGUUGCCUGGUUAUGUCUUUAUCAGGCUCCCCGCUAUACCCAUCCAUAAGGUUUGGCCAGAGGGAUACAUCCAUCCUGAUGACAUCUUCUCUAAAGGAUCCAGCAGAGCAGCUGGAGGAAGACGCAGGUCCUCACAGGGAGCGAGCAGAGUUACGCUCAGGACGCCACGCUGACGCCAUCUUUACAAACAGUUACAGGAAAGUCCUGGGCCAGAUCUCUGCCAGGAAGUUCCUCCAGACAAUCAUGGGCAAACGUGUCGGGGAUGAAAGCGAGAGCUACGUGAAGCGUCAGUCAGAUAUUUAUGAAGGGAUGUAUAAAGAAGAUCUGACAUCCAUCCAGAGCAAUCGGAGAUAUAGAGAAGUGCAUGGGAAGGUUAUUAGACCCAGGUAA